UAUAGGGCUUAUUGAAAGUAGUAUUCUAACUGUAACAUUAACGAACAGUUCUUGUAUACAACAAAAAAAAAACAUGAAGAUCUUUAUUUGUUUGUUGGCUUUGGUGGCCAUUGCUGCCGGUACCCAAAAUGUGGAUCCAUUUGCCUCCCGUUCCAUCUCCAGUACUGUGGUGGAAGCCAUUGAAGAUUUGCGCGAUCAAAUGCCCUGCGGUUUCCCCGGCAUGGGUAUUCCCCCAUUGGCUCCUCUACGUGUCUCUCACAAGGAUGUUAACAUUGAUACCCCCGCUCUCCGUCUAUCCGGUACUAUCGACAAUUUCCGUUUGAAUGGUUUAAACGAUUUCGAAAUUGCCGAAAUGAAAGUUAAUGCCAUUACCAGCAAAGUUACCUUCCGUUUCAUUUUCAACAAUGUCAACGUUGACACUUUAUAUGAUUUGAAAUUGAUGUUAAAGAAGGCAGGUUUCACCAUUAACAUGGUCGGUGCUGGUCCCGCUAAAUUCGCCAUUAAGGAUAUGCACAUCUGGGGUAACAUUAAGUACUCUUUGGGUGUUAUUUCUGGUAAAUUGAAGUUGAAGAAAUUGGAAGUUCGUGCUCGUAUUGGUGAUGUUGAUUCCGAUAUUGAGGGUAUUUUGGGUGAAGGAGCUAUUAACCAUAAGAUGAAUGAAGUUUUAGAAGAAGCUGUUGAGAUGGCUAUCAAUGAGAAUGAAGAUUUGAUUUCCGAAAACAUUGAAAGUUUGGCUUUGCCCAUGGUUAAUGGUGUUUUGGAAGAAGUUAAAUUGAGCGAUUUGGUUGGCGGUAGUGGUGGUGAAGGUGAAAAGAUUAAGUGUAUUCCCCCAGUAGAAGCAUAAAUUUUGGAUUUUGAAAACAAAAAAAAAAAAUGAUUGCAAUAAAUAAAUGAACGAUAAUUUUUUUAUA